GUAGCGGUAACAUUAUAGCAAGCCAAUCACAUCGCGACAAGCACGGCGUUGGCAUUGCGUCACUUCCGGCUCCUGUACGCCGCUCGGAUAGGGGAGGGGGCUCACUGGGUUUCACUUAGCACCAUGUUUGCGGCCAAAGGUCAUCAGGGGGCCCUCGCAGUCACGUGACUGGGAAGAUGGCGGCGUCCUUGCAACCAGAUGACAAACCGGCACCAGAAAACACGAAUCCGCAGGAUCUGAGGAGUGUGUUGGUCACUAGUGUCCUGAAUUUGGAACCGCUAGACAAAGACCUUUUCAGAGGUUCUCAUCACUGGGUACCCACCACACAAAGACUCUUCGGUGGUCAGAUCGUUGGACAAGCAUUAGUGGCAGCAGCUAGCUCUGUGAAUGAUGAAGAGCACGUCCACUCCUUACACUGCUAUUUUGUGCGAGCAGGGGACUCCAAGGUUCCAGUGUUGUACCAAGUGGAAAGAACCAGGGAUGGGCAAAGUUUCAGUGUGCGUUCUGUGAAGGCCAUACAGAAUGGAGUACCAAUCCUGAUAUGUCAGGCUUCCUUCCAUCGCUUCCAAGAAAGCCCGAUGAAGCAUCAGUACACAAUGCCAACUGUGCCUCCACCAGAGGAGCUGCUCACCAUGGAGGAGCUUAUACACAAAUACUUAAAGGACCCUGCACUGGUGGAUAAGCACAGAUUAGGCCUGAAUAAAAUCUUGGCACAAGAUGUUCCCAUAGAGAUAAAACCUAUUAACCCACCAGAUAUGUUCCAUCGCAUGCCACAGGAACCACGGAAGAUGUUCUGGGUGCGAGCCAAAGGAUUUAUAGGUCCUGGUGACAUGCGAUUGCACUGCUGUGUAGCUGCCUAUAUUUCAGAUUAUUCCUUCUUGGAAACAGCACAGCUGCCUCAUCUUCAGUACAGAAUGAAAUUCCUCGCUUCUCUUGACCAUUCCAUGUGGUUCCAUGCUUCCUUCAGGGCUGAUGAAUGGAUGCUUUAUGAAUGUGAAAGCCACUGGGCAGGCAACUCCCGUGGACUAGUACAUGGGCGCUUAUGGAGACGAGACGGGGUCCUUGCAGUUACAUGUGCGCAGGAAGGCGUUUUCCGUGUGAGGCAAGGUACUACCGCCAGUAGGCUGUGAAGACUUGCAGAGCAGCCCAAUCAAUACAGACUUCUGAUCUCUGAUUCAUGAUGUGGUUAUUGCAUUCCAGAUCUGUAACCUCUCAUGCAGCUUCAUAAUUUAUACUGUCAUUCUUCACAUGCAACAGUUGAAAAUAAUUACAACAAAUAAAAGCAUUAUUUAAUUAUU